CAAACCAUGCCUCCUUUGGGUAGAUUGUGGCCUCUGAGCCUCAUGGUUUAUUUUGGGAUAGGGAUGGCAUCAGAGAGGAUCAAGUGUCCGAGCAGGUGUAGCUGUCAGUAUCUGGAAGUGAACUGCACUGGGCAGCAGUUCCAGGAGUUCCCUGCAGACAUCCCUCUGGACACCAGGCAGCUGAUUCUGGCGGCAAACAAUGUCUCGUACCUGCCAGCAGUGGAAUUGAGCUUCCUGGCUGAUUUGGUGUACCUGGACUGCAGCAAGAACCUCUUUGGGGAUGACCUGGAUUUCACUUUCAUUGGCAUGGUCAAGCUUGUCUAUCUGGACCUCAGUUUCAACAACCUCACCCAGGUCACCUUCAGCACCUUCUCACACCUCGUCAGCCUGGUGGUGCUGAAGAUCUCAGACAAUCCCAACCUUGUGGCCAUCGAGAAGGAUGCUUUUGCCAACAACACCUGGCUGAGGCACCUGGACGUGAGCCGGACAGGCUUAACAUUCCUGGACACCAGCACCGUCCAGCACCUACCCAACCUGAAGUUUCUGGGGCUCAGUGACAACCUGUGGCACUGCAACUGUUCCUUUUUGGACUUCAUUACCUGGACAAUAGAGAGCAACAUUCAUUUUCCAGAUGCUGACAACAUCACCUGCUAUACCCCAGAAGGCCUGCGAGCCCUGGGGAUGCCGGCAGCGGAGGCACAGCUUCACGUCAGCUGCCUGACCCAGCUAUACAAGAGAGACUAUGUCUUUCUGUGCCUCGUUGGCUUCUGCAUAUUCCUUGCUGGCACCAUUACAGCCUGGCUGGCCGGCAUCUGUGCUGUUAUCUACAAAGUCCAUGGUUCAAAGGGAGAGGAAGAGGAGGAGAAGGAGGAAGACACAGCCAUUUAG